AUGCCCGAAGCAGCGACGCCACUGCUUCGGAUACGGAGCGACGACGCCUCACCGUGCGAUUUUCCUGGUCGCCAUAAACUUGACAGCCGACGUUUGACCGGCGCAAUUCUUUCAUACGACGGCCGGCCAACAACCGCAGGCCCCGCCAAAGAUAAGCCCCCCACCAAACCGUGGCCGUGAUGAUCGUGUAGGAAUUAACUCCUUUGCUUAAUAAUUCUUUAGAUUCUCGCUUUUGGAUAGUCGAAAUUUAAAGGAAGAGGAGGAGUUCGAGUCGCUUCUCCGCCACGGCUGUGUGCGCUCUUCAUCGAAGACGACAUCAUCACACCCUCCACCACCACCGACCGCUCUCAUCGCCUUUUUUUAAACUUUGCUUCCUAUUUAUAUUAUUUAAAUGCGAUAAAGAGGGACGAAGGGAGAGUAAACGGAAGUGAUGGAAGCGGGCGCUGGCGGCGGCGGCGGCGGCGGCGGAGGAGGAGAGGAGAGCUACGAGGUGGUGGAGCAAAUCGGGCGAGGGUCCUUCGGCGCCGCCUUCCUCGUCGUCCACAAAGCCGAGCGGAAGAGGUACGUGAUGAAGAGGAUACGCCUGACGAAGCAAACGGAGAAAUUCCAUCGCACCGCUUACCAGGAGAUGGCUCUGAUCGCGAGCUUGAGCAAUCCCUACAUCGUGGAGUACAGGGAUGGAUGGGUGGAGAAGGGGAACUCUGUAUGCAUUGUGACAGGAUACUGUGAAGGAGGAGACAUGGCUGCAAAAAUAAAGAGGGCCAGAGGAGGGUUCUUCUCAGAGGAUAGGGUGUGCAAAUGGCUGACACAGUUGCUCUUGGCUGUGGAUUACCUCCAUUCAAACCGUGUUCUGCAUCGAGAUCUCAAGUGUUCCAAUAUCUUUCUUACCAAGGAUGAUAAUGUUCGACUCGGUGAUUUUGGACUCGCAAAAUUACUUAACUCAGAAGACCUUACUUCAUCGGUUGUAGGCACUCCAAACUACAUGUGCCCGGAAAUUUUAGCAGACAUACCAUAUGGCUACAAAUCAGAUAUAUGGUCCCUUGGUUGUUGCAUGUUCGAGAUAGCGGCUCAUCGACCAGCCUACAAAGCUGCAGAUAUGCAAGGAUUGAUCAACAAAAUCAACAAAUCAUCCAUAGCUCCAAUGCCCCCCAUUUACUCCUCUUCACUGAAGAGAUUGAUCAAGUGUAUGCUGAGGAAAAGCCCUGAACAUAGACCUAUAGCUUCAGAACUGUUAAGGGACCCCUACCUACAGAAGUAUCUUGCAGCAUCCUUCAAUCCUUCACCUCUCUACCUUCCAAUACAAUCAAACAGCAACAUUCCACAAGAGAAACAGGGAAGGAGGCAAAGACACCAAGAGUUGCACAAUGGCGAAGUUGAAAGAUUGAAUAUCCAGGUAUCAGAAGGUGCACCUGGAAAGAACAAUUUUUGCCCAUCGAGCGGGUCUGGUAAUGAUCAUGACUCGAUUGGUUGCUUGAAUCGUGAUGAUGAGAUCAAGAGGAUUGAUCCAGGGAGCUCUAGAACUACACUCCACACUGAUAUUGGGCAAGAGAUAUCUCUCGAGGAACCAAAGGAUAUGACAGUGGAUGAUGAAACAGCAGGAGCAAGUAACCACGAGAAAGAUAUUAAGAAUGCAGAUGAGGCAAACAAUGGUUAUGCAGGAGAAGAAGCAUCAGCCAUCAGCACUGUGGCUCCACCUCACGGAGGCAACAGCACAAGAGGUGAAUGGGAGAGCUUGAGCAUAAUCCAACAGAGGGCUAAUGCCCUAGAGUCUCUGCUGGAGCUGUGUGCACAGCUGCUGCAGCAAGAGAGGCUCGAUGAAUUGGCAGGCAUUCUGAGGCCAUUUGGGGAGGAGGCAGUGUCAUCCAGGGAGACAGCAAUCUGGUUGACAAAGAGCCUCUUGUCUGGUCACAAGUAUGGAUCAGAAUCCAAAACCAACUAGCAUUGUAGAUUGCAUUACAAUUCACUAUCUUGUUGUUUAAUUUAUGCUGUAAUUUGAGGAAAAAAAGCUAUGAAGAAGGUGAAGCAUAAUGAAAAGGAACUCUUUUUAUCACAUUAAAAGGUCGUUCACAAUCUCACAAUACGUAGAAAUUGAACACGCUGCGGAAGGAAAAAGUAGAGACAAAA